CAUGCAGAGCAGAGCUGAUGCAGGGUGGGGUAGUUUGGUUUGGUGAAGUUGGAGAUGGCGUUUCUGAUAGAAGCUGUAAACCUAGCAGAGCUUUAGCUUCGACUUCAGGCGUGCGCGCAAUUGGCUCUUAAAAAUGGCAUUUGAACAUAAGGAGAGGGCUGAACUGUUUUGGAGUUCGUUCAAAGCUCUGCAGGAGUGUCCUGCGCUACUAUCCUUACUCUAUUCUCUAUUUUUAUUCCGUGUUAAUGUCACUCUGAUAUAAUCUAUCACAUUCUUAGAAUUUGUAACAACAUGUCACAAAUGAGCCAUAGUGAAAAAUAAUGAUCAUUGUUGAACCCUUUAUGUAACAUAGAAUGUAGCAGCGGUAAUGCUUUAUGUUCUGCACGAAACCAAGAAAUUAGAUAUUAGAUGUGUACUUAAAUAAUAUCUAUGUCAUGGGUAUAUAAUUUGAAAAUGAUAUCAAUGAAAUAAUUGUUUACGGUUGGGUUCAAACUUCUGUGAAUCGGCACCAUUUUCUAAACGCUGUUGACUGUCCCAUCUGAGUCAGAUCACCUCACCUCACCUUCUCUUUGCACCUCGGAAUCAAUGUCAUCGACUCUUACUCAUACUGAAAGUUUCAUAAAAUGAAUGCCACUCACAUACUGGGGAAAACAUGUUAGAUUCGGCCAGUAUCACUCUCCGUCAGUCGCUUUUGUCCUCGUACAAAAGCGAAAAUACUAAUCAGGGUGAAUGUGCUCAGUUUAAGAUCUUUUGGCUGUGAAUUUAUGCUCACUUGUCAUGUCAUUAGGUACACUAUGGAAAACCCUGCCGUAAAUCCCCCUUUCAUGACUGCUACAAUGAAAUGUAACAUUGUGGAGGAUGUAAUUUGCGGUGCUUUUGAACUGGAAUAAACACUUACUGAAAUGGGACUGACAAAAUAAUAGAAACACACGUUCGUACAGUAGCGCAACAAACCGCAACCUCCAAUCAACAGCUCUCACGGUUACGUAAAACAGAUCCUGAAUAUAAUGACCUGUGUGAAGAUAAGAUUUAGAGCAGGACCUUUGAAUUGAAUUGCGUCUGUUUUUACGAGCGUACCCAAUGAGCUGGUCAGUGAGUGUGCAUGACACUCUUGAGUAAGUAGAUGAGGAGGUGACUGAACGCGACGCCUCACAGCUGAAUCAGAGAGACUCUGAAGCGGGCGAAAGGUUGCAAGGUGCUGGAGAGUUGAGGAGAGGGAGUGGUAAUGAGAGAGGGAGGGACUGGAAGUGAGCGAAAAAUGAGACAGAAGGAGAGGGAGACGUCUUUGUGUAAAUGGGAGCUAGCGUCCUCUCCUGUAAGCAGCUCCUCAUUGGCCAACUAGGAGCCCCCUGUGUGAAGGAAGUAUCACCAGGGAAACUUCUUCUCUCUGCCUCUGUGCGUGUUUUCCUCCUCGCCAGGGUUAUUUUUAAGUAGCGUUCGGCUUCCUGCUCAGACUAAAGACUACAAGCCACAGCAUCCCCGUUUUGUUGUUUUCAGGAUUUGCCAGCAAUGUUCUCCUCUUCUCCUCUCCCGCAGUUAUAUUGCAAGCUCUUUGCAAAAAUGGGGGACGACCGACCUUUUGUGUGCAACGCUCCCGGCUGUGGACAGAGGUUUACCAAUGAGGACCACUUGGCGGUACACAAACACAAGCACGAGAUGACACUGAAAUUCGGACCAGCUAGGACGGACUCUGUCAUCAUCGCAGACCAGACACCUACUCCCACCCGUUUCCUAAAGAACUGUGAGGAGGUUGGUUUGUUUAAUGAGCUGGCCAGCUCCUUCGAACAAGACGACGACGACAAGAGGGCCAAGAACUCUCUCCCCGCUGCCAACUCGGUGGCCUUGGACAUGACUCUGCAGACGCCAUCCGACGUGAAGGUGAAAGAAGAGGCGCCGGUGGAGGUGGACUCCUCGCCGCCAGACAGCCCCGAAUCUAUCUCUGGGAAUUCAGACUGCCACAGAGAGCCGCUAGUUAAAGCAAAGGACACACCACCCAGGAAUUCAGCCCCUACCCCGACUAUCGUGCGUCCAGGUUCUCUCCCACUACACUUGGGCUUUGACGCUCUUCAGCCCACCAUGCCGUCACCCACGUCGGUCAUCACACAAGCGCCACCUUCAAAUCGUACAUUGGGUUCUCCAACCAGCCAUUACCCCAUGAUGAUGCUUCCCUCCGGUCAGGCGGUACCUGUGCUCCCUGGUCCCGGACACGUGCCCUCCGUCAUCAACCUGGCCCGACCCAUGUGCAUGGUACCCAACAUUCCUGGGAUCCCUGGUCCUCCUCUGGGAGGCAGCAGCAGCGGCUCUAACUCCCCCUCUGGCUACAGCAUUCACUCAGAGGCCAAGAUGCGUUUGAAGGCCGCCCUGUCCCAGCAGAGCCCGUCAGGACAUAGUAUGGGAGUCAUGGCCAUGGGCAGCAGCCCCAUGGUGCCGCAGAAGGCAGAACAGAGCCAGCUGCUCGUCCAACAGCCAGAUGCUCCAUCACCUGCACAACCUCAGGUAUCUCCAGCUCAGCCUACAGGCGGGCGUCGGCGGCGGACGGCAGACGAUGACCCAGAUGAGCGAAGGCAGCGUUUCCUCGAGAGGAAUCGCGCGGCGGCGUCGCGCUGCAGACAGAAACGCAAACUGUGGGUUAAUUCCCUAGAGAAGAAGGCGGAGGAGCUCAGCUCGAUGAACGUCUCGCUGUCGAAUGAAGUGUCCCUCUUGCGGAACGAGGUGGCUCAUUUGAAGCAGCUGCUGCUGGCCCACAAGGACUGUCCUGUGACCACCUUACAAAAGAAGACCGCCUACUUGGCUGUCGAAGAGAGCAUGAAAGACGCCUCAGAGCCUACAGGUUCCCCUGCCCCGGUGAUUCAGCACAGCUCUUUGGCGCCCAGCCCCUCUGCAGGGCAGAACGGCCUGAGUUCAAGGGCAGCAGCGGAGGCCAUGGCCAUGUCUGUGCUGGCAGGAAUGGGCCAGCAGCAGAGGGCCGAGAGCGGAUCCUCUCACAUUAUCAUGGCUGCACAGUCUCAAUCGGCUGCCAGAUGAUGAGCGAUGCUUCCACGGCCCAGACAUGGCUCGUCACCCAGGUGGUAGAAAAGACUCCCGACUUCCCCAAUCUUAAAGUCUGAAAUUUCCCAGCUUCCCCUUCUCCCCCCCCCCCACCCGUGCUCUUUUUAACCCUCCUGUGGAGCCAUCACGCUGUGGCCUGGAGCUCAGCAGCAGCAGCCUUCUGGGAAUGGACUGAGACUUUUUGAGAGAGCUUCCUGUUCACUUUGCCAUAGACUACAGGGGCUGGACUCCAAGAACCCCUCCCCCUGUUUGCCCCCCCCCCCCCCCCCCCCCCCCGCCUCCCCGCUCAUCCCUCUUCACCUUCAGUCAAACGGACUCUUCACUGGACUGUAGGACUGCAUCGAGUAUACUGCCCUAAUGAACUUACCGAGCUUGCACCGCUUCGAAUGCGCAAGUGUUGCAUAAACAUUCUUGAUCAAAUCAGUCACUAAACAACACACAGGGCUUCACACAGUUUUCAACAGGGAAUAGUGCCUCCUCGACUUUCUAGCCAUGCUCACACCCACACAUACAGCCCUACACACCCAAAGACAGACAGACAGACAGACGGUAGUCGUCUAGAUCUCAGUUAUCCACCCAGACCUUUUGCAAAAUGCUUCCACCUCCAGGUGAUCUCAACAUGGACCCAGAGACCUUACCUCAUGUACACCCCUUUAUAAUGCGACGUGUUAACUGUGUGUGUGAUUGUAUAUUUAUGUACAUCAGAACAUAGCAGUUUGCCUACCCCUGAUCUGAUACAUUAUUAGCUAGUUGGUUAGCAUGUGACUUUUUCUAAUAGGGUGUUAUGUUAUCGAUACGGUAUGUGCAGCUAUAUUUUUUUAAACUAAUUGGCUCCCGGAUUAACCCAUAGAAACAACACACAUUAGACGAUGUGAUUUGAAUCUUUUUUGUCCUGAAGGGAAUUUGUCCUUUUCGUAAAAAAACAAAAAACAAAACAAACAAAGAAAAAAAAAAAAUCAUUCAGGCAGUUUCAGCUGUUAAUUGGAGGCCUUUUUCAUUUUUGUAUGAAAACUAUUCUCGUGACUGUUUCUCUGUGUGGGCCCUGGACUUACUGUAACUGUUACUUUCACACUUCUCAGGAUGGUUGCACAUCCUUGCUGCUCGUUGGAAGUGCGAUGAACCCCUUUAGUCUCUCUGCUCCUCACCAAACCCAAAUUAAGCCAUACUAACGACAGAACGCAUGUCCGGAUCUCCAAAGAAGAACGCCUGGUACUUGUUCUGGGGGCAGGAUGUAAAUAGCCUGACUGUUAUUUUAACGAUUCAGAGGUCACAGUGACACAAUCCUCGUUAUAUCCCUGCUAGUUUCUUGCACUUACACACAGUCUCACACAUGACGUCUGAUGAUUUUUGCCUUACAAUCACAUCGGUGCCUCUGAUAUUCCCUCUUUAAUACACACACAUUUGAAGAUGUGAAAAUGGACGGAGCCUUACAGGAGUAUAUUUGUGUCAUUUGUUCGCUUUAACAAAUGGGAAAAAAAAACAAAAAACAACCAAAAGAUCUGCAGAAGAUUCCCGAGAGCCUUUAAAAAGUGACAUUUAAUUAAAUCGGGAGUCUGGUUUUCAGUGAUGGGUUAUGUGUUGAAAUGAUACAGAGUACAUGUCUGUCAUCUGGUGGAGAAACGCAGCAAAGACAUUUUCCGUGGUCAAAGCUUUAGGAGCAGUGAACGACAUCUUGUGACUGUUCCUUAAAGGCUCUUUAGAAAGAUAUUUUACGCAGAUAUCGAUAUAUUUUUACAUAAACAGAAAAAAAUGUGGUUUGCUUUUAUUUUUAUUGUGUACUUUUGUCCCUGUUUUGUGUAAUAGGAUCAUAUAUUUGCAAGAUGUGCGAUAUUUCAAAAACAGGAUAUCUGUCCAUUAACAUAAGGACGUGUCUUUAUGCACUAAAGUAAUUGUUGUCGCUUUGUAAUUCUUUCGGUUCUCUUGCCUUCUUUUUCAGAGACAUCAGAACUUUUUUUUUUUUUUUUUUUUUAUUUUAAAUAAUGGUUUUUCUCUUUAUCUGUACUGUAUUCAUGAAUGGGAAUUUGCUCAGCAACUUUAAUACCUUAACCUUUGACUGAUCCUCUUACCCUACAGUCCCAAUGGCGACCCCGGCAUUCUGUCGUACUGGCUGGCGCUAUAUAUUCGUCCGGCACUCCCUUGUAGACGAUUAUUCAUAUGGAAUGAAACUUCAAACUGUAUUUAGCGUUUGUGUUAUUCGUGUCGUCGGCACCUUUCCUGUCAUUUCCUGUUUUCUGUUGUGUGCCGUUUUCAGCGCCACGCGACCUUUGUCAUAACGCUUCUGAUUGUACUGAUGAAUAUAGAGACUAAUUUCUUUAACACAAAGAUUAUUUUUUUUUUUUGUUUGUUUGUUUGUUCUCUACAGAAUAAUGUAGUCAAAAGAAAUUCUAUCUCCCCCUAUCUUUUUAGAUGAAUCUGGUCACGUCUUUUGACUCCCUGUCUAACUUAUUAUUAUUAUUAUUAUUAUUUUUUAAAUUAGGUCAGAUAACAACGUUCAGGAAAGUCUUUGGCCUAGUAAUGUCACUUUGCUAUGGAACGAGCAAUUAAAUGAGAAAUGCAACAGUGUCAAAGUUGCACAUUUCACACUCCCAUUGUUGGACUGUUGAUUUUAAAAUUUGUCCUUGUACUGUACAUAUCUGUACUAUAUGAAUAUAUUUACUUUUCCAUGCAUGUCCAAGUGGAAUACCAUGAACACUUACAGUGCUGCAGUUUUAAUUAAAGAAACUACAUCUUAAAGAAUAUUA